AAGCGCAACACACAUAUUAUCUUAUUCCACCUGCUUCCAUGCGUGAUGGAACGGGUGCCGGGAUGCUUAUUAAAGGCACACAUUCUUGGGUUUUAUACUGAUCGAUUUACAGGGCCAUGUUGACCGUUUUCUUCCUGACCAUUUGCCUGACGAUCACCUACUCAAUCUAUAAACGAUGGACUCGAAUCUCGAUUUCUCAGGUCCCGGGGCCUGAGUCGAAAUCUUUCUUAUAUGGGAACUUGCCUGAGCUUCUUCAAGCACAAGCUGGAGAGGUCGAUUUCAAGUGGCAGCAGAUGUAUGGGGAUGUUAUCAGGAUCCGUGCACCUCUGGGCGAAGACCGUCUUCUUAUUUCAGAUCCGAAAGCCCUUCAACACAUCUAUCAUACUGCGAGCUACAGGUUCCCUAAACCUCAAAGCCGGGUACAGAUAUCGCGCCUGACGUUCGGACCAGGACUCACUAAUGUCGACGGCGACGACCACAAGCGCCACCGGAAGGUCAUGCUUCCUGGUUUUGGUGGCCCAGAGUCGAAGUCGUUCUUUCCUACGUUCUUUGCGUGUGCGGAGAAGCUGGCUCAGAAAUGGAAAGACUGCGUAGAAGUAAGUCCGGACCAGUCAGCUGUCCUAGAUGUCUCUGCCUGGAUUUCUCGUGCCACGCUUGACGCCAUCGGUCAAGCCGCUUUCGACUACCAGUUUGGUGCCUUGGACGACACCGACAAUGCACUUGCGAAGGCGUACUAUAACUUAUUUUUCGAUCUCUUUGGAGUAAUGACGAACCGUGCUAUCCUUUCUUUGUCAAUCAUGGAUCAUCUCCCUGCAAAAGUGGUUUCCUUCCUUAUGAGAAAAUUUCCUUCGGGCCGUUUAGAUCACGGACUUCUGACCAACAAGCUGUCUACUGCGGUUGCCAAAGAGCUCGUCGACCAAAAGUUCAACGCGCUCCUUGAAGGGAAGGGCCGCCGGGAUGUGAUGAGUCUUCUUGUCAAAGCGAAUGCAUCCGAGAAUCCCAAGACCCAGCUAGAAGAGAGGGAGCUGCUAGGUCAAAUGAACAUCAUCAUCCUUGCAGGUCAUGAAACGACCUCGAAUACGCUGUGCUUCGCGCUCUUCGAAAUGUGCAAGCGACCGGAAAUGCAGGAAAGACUGCGGAAAGAAAUACGUGCAACUGAACGGGUUAUUCAUGAUCGCGGCGAUACUCAAUUCUCGCCUUCUGAUUUUGACUCAAUGCCGUAUUUGUCUGCUAUGGUCAAGGAAACCCUGCGCUUCCACCCCGUAGCCUAUAAUAUUUACCGGGUUGCUGGAAAGGACGAUGUGCUGCCCUUAAGCACGCCUAUCACUACUACGUCAGGGAAGGUCCUACACGAGUUGCCCAUACCGAAGGGACUGCACAUCGAUGCCUCUAUAGCAGCAUACAACAGGAAUAAAGAAAUCUUUGGGGACGACGCGGACGUUUUCAAUCCUGAUCGCUGGUUGCGCGACACUUCUCCAAAGACCAAGACUGCUUUGGGCGUCUAUGCCAAUCUAUUCACUUUCGCGGGCGGCUCUCGGUCAUGCAUUGGUUGGCGUUUUGCGGUCAUGGAACUCCACGCCUUUAUGAUCGAACUUCUGAGCAACUUCGAGUUCUCGCUUACAGAAACACAGGAUAUUCGCCGGGAAGCCUGUGGUGUCAUGACUCCGACAAUCGAAGGGCAGGUUGAGAAAGGAUCGCAACUGCCUUUGAAGAUUAGGCUGGCGCAGCGAGAUGAUUGACGCGUGUGCGAUACUUGAUGAAAAUGAUAUUCCUAUCCCCAUAUGAAAAGUUGAAAGGAUAAUUAUUUGAUAACUACUUUGUGGUGUCGUACUGUGUCGUAGCGUUUGUCUCCGACGAGAAGCCCGACUCCAAAGUGUUUACUAGUUAUAGUCGUGCAGGAA